UUUUGUCUUUUUAUUCCCCCUCUCCCUUUAUUAUUAUUAUUAUUACUAUUAUUAUAAUUGUUUGGUUUGAUUCGGGUGAGCUCUCUCCCUUCCUCGAACGAAAACACUAACUCUGACGCCGAAAUCCAUGCCCCCCUGCAACUCGGAGGAAUCGGGUCUAAUAUGCCAGUGACAUCCUCGCCUUGCAGUAGUCGCGAUGAAGGAAAAAUCCAAGAACGCGGCAAAGACUAGACGGGAAAAAGAAAAUGGAGAAUUCUACGAACUGGCCAAACUCCUGCCCUUGCCCUCGGCCAUCACCUCCCAGCUGGACAAGGCGUCCAUCAUCCGCCUCACCACCAGCUACCUGAAAAUGCGAGCCGUCUUCCCCGAAGGUCUGGGCGACGCCUGGGGACAGCCGAGCAGGAUAGGGCCCUUGGAUAACGUGGCCAUGGAGCUCGGAUCCCACUUGCUUCAGGUGGAGCUGACUGGAAACAGCAUUUACGAGUACAUCCACCCCUCUGACCACGACGAGAUGACGGCUGUGCUUACUGCUCACCAGCCUCUCCAUCCUCACCUCCUGCAAGAAUAUGAAAUCGAGAGAUCGUUUUUCCUGAGAAUGAAGUGUGUCCUUGCCAAGAGGAAUGCAGGAUUGACAUGCAGUGGAUACAAGGCACCUGAUGUGUUGGCAGAAUCAAAUGUUGGGUUGAUGAAAUUGAAUAUUCCUAGAGGGUUUUUUUUUUUUGUUUGUUUGUUUAUUAUGGGUUGUUCCUUUUCCAGGGUCACUGAAUUAACUGGAUAUGAACCCCAAGAUCUGAUAGAAAAAACCCUCUACCACCACGUCCACGGCUGUGACGUGUUCCACCUGCGAUACGCUCAUCACCUGUUGCUGGUGAAAGGCCAAGUCACAACCAAGUACUACAGGCUGCUGUCCAAGCAGGGAGGUUGGGUGUGGGUGCAGAGCUACGCCACCAUCGUGCACAACAGCCGUUCGUCACGGCCUCACUGCAUAGUGAGUGUCAAUUAUGUCCUUACAGAUAUUGAGUACAAGGAACUUCAGCUGUCACUGGACCAGGUUACCAUUUCCAAGUCGCAGUUUUCAUGCAGAAACUCAGCACCUACCUCGCAGGAAACAAGGAAAAUAGUCAAACCCAAAAGUAAUAAAAUGAAGGCAAAACUCAGAACCACACCUUACCCACAACAGCAAUACAGCUCAUUCCAAACAGACAAACUGGAAUGCAGCCAGGUGGGAAACUGGCGAUCCAGCCCCGCCGUGAACGCCGCCGCCAUUCAGGAACAAAACUUCCAUUCAGAAAACAGUGAACUUUUAUACGCCCCACCGUACAGCCUGCCUUUCUCCUACCAUUAUGGACACUUCCCCGUGGAUUCCCACGUCUUCAGUGGCAAAAAGCAAAUGCUGCCUGCCAAGUUCGGGCAGGCUCCGGGAGCACCCUGCGAAGUGGCGCGGUUCUUCCUGGGCACGCUGCAGGCGAACGGAGAGUGCCAGUGGCACUACACCAACCCCCUGGUACCCAGCAGCCAGUCACCCUCCAAAAACCUUCCUGAGCAGCCAGUGAACAUCAUCAGGCACAACCUUGCACAGAGUUACGAAGUCCCCAUAUCCAACAGGAGAUACGGCCAAGACGCUCUAGCCGACAACUUCCCGAGCUGCACCGCGCCCGUGGCCGGCGGCAGGUACAAAGAGGAGAUUUACGACUCCACCAUCAUGAAACCCAACAAAAUGGAGCCCAGGAUCCAGCCCCCUCCCCACCUCAUCAAGGAGGAAAGCAAGCUGGCUUUCAGCAGAGACCUCCAGGAAAAAAUGAGCAUCAACGACGGCUCCUUCUCCAACUCCAUCGCCGGCUCGCUGCUGCCGAAAGCGGAGUGUUUCCAGCCCAAAGCUCUGGGACAGCUGGGCCACCUCCUGCCCGUGCCCUCGGUGUACGAGCAGACGAGGCGGAUUUGUGGGAAAGAGCCCAAGUACGGGGGGCACCUCGGCGGCCACCACCACCCCGCGCACCUGGAGGAGCCGGGCGGCGAGGGGAGGAUGGCGGUGAAGCUCGACCACGAGGCCGAGGGCGAGCGCGGGACGGAUGUGAGGCCCUCGGGACAAGUGCCCUUCGUGCUCCUGAACUACCACCACGUCCUGGCCAAGCACGGGGCGUUCCCGGCCUCGCCGUGCGCGGCGCCGGGGCACGCGGGGGAGAGUUACGGAUACAACGCCGAGGAGGUGAACGCCUUCCUUUACAAAAACCACCAAAGCCCCUCCUCGGCCUCGUCCCCGGAAACCCACAAGGAAUCUGCACUGCCCCAUUACAUUGGGACCUCGGUAAUAAUCGCCAACGGGAGGUGACGGUGACGGAGGGGUUAUUUACGUUUUAAUUAAGAAACCACAGACUGUAAUGAUCUGCAAAAAAAGGAGAAAAAAAAAGAAAAAAAAAAAGCAUGAGAAAACGUGGUUACAUUUACUGAGAGCAGUUGAAGGUCGGUGAGGGACAGACUGGUGUGACAGUGGUCAGGAAAAGCCCCCUCCAUCCAGCUUCCCGUGCUUCCUCGUCCCAGACUGAGCUCUGGUGCCAGGGGGAAGGCACGUUACAGAUCUUAUUUUUGUUAUUUUAUAGUGUGCAACAAAAAGAAAUGAUAGGUGUUAUAUGCAGAGAUUUAUAUGAAGAACUUUUUUUUUUUCCCUUACCCCUCCUCCUUCUCAAAAUACAUUCAAGAUUUUUUUUUUUAAUCAUUAACUGUACACUCUAGUUUAUUUUUUUUUUUUUUUUCACAAAUUGUGUGAAAACUUUACAUCAGCUCUCCACCCCCAACACACGGAGAGAGUGGUGAUUUUUAGUGGCCACAAUCCAGCUGUAAUAACCAAACAGAACUCAA